AUGUGUCGGCGGUCUUUUGCUCGGCUACUGCAGGGUCUGUCUUUCCAUCAUGUCCAUUCCUUGGAAGCUGGCCCGCAGGGUCGCCACACGUCAUUGAGAAUCCCCGAUCGAUCCGUCCCGGUGGCGAGAAUCCGAUCGAUUCCUCCAAUUCAAAUACAUGCUCAUCAUGCAGCUCCCAGACUUCUGCGCUCUUCACAUAGGCGUGCCACAAAUAGCCCAAUUGCUUCGCCCAGAUCUGCGCCAGUCCGCGCAUACUCACAAGAUACUGGCAGAGAACGAACCCCUUCGGACUUAGAAGACAUGGCCGUGGCGACUGAAACGUCUGGAUUGGACCCGAGUCCAGCGGACAUUCUCAAUGAAGAUGUGCUCGUGCCUGCUGGUCAGGCUGAAGUUGCAUUGGACCCGGAGUCAGACGAGGACAUCCCCCUCGAAGCCGAGGAGCUGAAAGAAGCCCUCGGACGACCACCUCCGGUGAAUAGCAGCUACCUUCCCCUUCCCUGGAAAGGGCGAUUAGGAUAUGCCUGCCUCAAUACAUACCUUCGCUAUUCUACACCCUCCGUGUUCUGUUCUCGAACGUGUCGCAUUGCCUCUAUACUCGAAAAUCGACACCCUCUUGCAGACCCCGACCAGCCCGCACACGCGACCAAGAAUCGUCCGGACCGCGACCAACCAGCUGAUAUUGGACGUGGACAGGCGUUUGUCGAGGGUCUAGGCUUGGCGAAUGCACGCGAUUUGGUUAAGAUCAUUCGCUGGAACGACAAAUAUGGCAUCAAGUUCAUGCGGCUCAGCAGUGAGAUGUUCCCAUUUGCCAGUCACAAAGAAUAUGGUUAUAAGCUGGCGCCGUUCGCCUCAGAGGUGCUGGCCGAUGCAGGUCGAGUCAUUGCAGAACUUGGACAUCGGGUGUCUGUUCACCCCGGUCAGUUCACUCAGUUUGGCUCACCGAGGAAAGAGGUUAUCGAGAGCUCUGUCCGCGAUCUCGAGUAUCACUCAGAGCUACUGCAACUACUCAAAUUACCGCCACAGCAAGACCGCGAUGCCGUCAUGAUCCUUCACAUGGGUGGAGUGUUUGGUGACAAGGCUGCCACUCUGGAUCGAUUCCGCGAGAAUUACGCUAUGUUAUCGCAGGACAUUAAGAAUCGAUUGGUUUUGGAGAACGACGAUGUCAGCUGGACUGUCCACGACCUCCUGCCUAUUUGUGAAGAGCUCAAUAUCCCUCUUGUUCUUGACUACCACCACCAUAACAUCAUGUUUGACGCCGCUGAGCUCCGCGAGGGCACCGAGGAUAUCAUUCCCCUGUACGAUCGCAUAGCGGCGACCUGGUCUCGGAAAAAUAUCACCCAGAAGAUGCAUUACUCCGAACCAACUGCAGCCGCCAUCACCCCGCGCCAACGGCGCAAACACAGUGACCGCGUUGCUACAUUACCCCCCUGUCCACCUACCAUGGAUCUGAUGAUUGAGGCCAAGGACAAAGAACAAGCCGUUUUCGAGUUGAUGAGAAACUUCAAACUCCCCGGCUACGAACUCGUGAACGAAAUCAUACCCUACAUGCGCGCCGAUGAAAAUCAGCCUCCCAAAACACCUAAAAAGACCAAGAAGAAUGGCUUCGUGGAUUUAGAAGGCUCAGUACCUCCGCCUCGAAUCCCAGAAGAAGAAGUCGGAAUGGGUGGACCAGACCGCAGAGUCUACUGGCCUCGUGGCAUGGAGGAAUGGCUCCGACCGGCCAAGAGGAUUGUCAAGCCUAAAGCCGCACCAAGUCCGAAGAAAGGUGCUAAGAAAGCUAAGACUGAAGAUGUCGCGGAAGAGGUUUCCGAGGAUAUUCCGAUUGAGUUAGAAAAACCCAAGAAGAGAGCCAAGGCCACGAAACGUACGCCACCGUCGACCACUAGGUCUCGGCGGAAGCGCAAGGCUUCGGUUGUGGAGUCCACCCCAGAACCUGAAGAAACCGAAGAGGCUUCAACAGCGGAAGCAUCGUUAUCCCGGCGUAGUUCGCGUGCGAAGAAAGUGAACUACACCGAGGAUAGUGCCUAA